CGGUUCGAGUCGAUUGAUUAAUUAGUCCAUUUUAGCAUUUGGGAUAUCAAGGUCAUAUACAUGAUUGUGGAGUGUGGAGCCCACCGCGAUCUGUUUGCUUCCCCUCCACUCUCUGGACUCUGGACUCUGGACACUGGUUUCCCUCUCCUUCUUCUGUCUAUAAAAUGCCAAGAGAGCGUGUGGUGUGGGAACUAGGAAGCAACCCUACUCAGAAAACAGCUCUCUCAGUCUGUGCAGGCAAUCAGCAAUGGAGGAGUCGGCGGGUGUAAAGCUGUUUGGCUCGUGGGCGAGUUCAUACACUCACCGAGUCCAACUGGCUUUGAAGCUCAAAGGCGUGGACUUCGAGUACGUAGAGGAGGAUCUCAGCAACAAGAGUCCCUCUCUCUUGCUUUACAACCCGGUAUACAAGAAGGUCCCCGUUCUGAUCCACGGCGAUAACCCGGUGUCCGAGUCUGCCAUCAUUCUCCAAUACAUAGAUGAGACGUGGAAAGACAACCCCAUAAUGCCCGACAAUCCUUACGAGAGGGCCCUCGUGCGAUUCUGGGCUCAUUUUGCAGACGACAAGCUGGGCCCAUCGGUGGGGGUAGUUUUCCGGUCGACGGGAGAGGAACAGAAGGCGGCGGUGGAGCAAGUAAACGACAACCUGAAGCUGCUGGAAGAGGAGCUUAAAGAGGGGCAGUUCAAAGGGAGGAGGUUCUUUGGAGGUGAUAAGAUAGGAAUGCUGGAUAUUGUACUGGGUUGCGGUUCGUAUUGGCUUUGGGUGUUGGAAGAAGUUGCAGGGGUGAAGCUGGUUGACUCGGGUACGUUCCCCAGGUUCCAUUCGUGGCUUCGGGACUUCGAAGAGCAGCAGGAGGUCAAGGACACCAUUCCGGCCACCGAUAAAUUGCUCGAGUAUGCCAAAGGCAUUCGCCAGUUCAUACUGAAUAGUCAAGCAGCUGCAACCCCUCCGCCUCCGGCCCCUUGAAUAUAAUGUAUUGUUGAAGAAAUUAGAAAUAGAAAACCCUCCCUCUGCUCUCUCUGUCUGUCUCCGUCUCUCUCUCUCUCUCUCUAGUAGUUCAAUUCUUCUGUGUUUGUCUUUGUCAUGAUCGAUGUUUAAGCUUCACUUGGAAAAAAAGAGCUUCAAUCUAUAUAUGGUACCCGUAUCAUUUACAAUUUUA